AUGCCUCAAUCAACAGUGAAGCUGGCAUCAGGCCACUCCAUGCCUUUGGUCGGGUUUGGGCUCUGGAAAGUUCCAGCAGAAAGCGCAGCAGACACCGUCUAUAACGCCAUCAAAGUCGGCUAUCGUCUGUUUGAUGGCGCCCACGACUAUGCGAACGAGAAGGAGGCCGGUCAAGGCAUCAAUCGUGCGAUCGAUGAAGGCCUCGUCAAGCGAGAAGACAUCUUUGUGACCACCAAACUGUGGAACAACUUCCAUCGCAAGGAGCAUGCUCUCCAGAUGGCAAAGGCACAGAACGAUGCCUGGGGCCUGGGUUACAUCGAUCUCUAUCUCAUCCACUUUCCGGUCGCUCUGAAAUAUGUCGAUCCAAAGGAUAUCAGAUAUCCUGGCUGGUGGUUGGACAAGGACCACAAAGAGAUUGAACUCGACAAAGUUCCCACCCAGGAGAGUUGGCAGGCUCUCGAAGAAGUCGUUGAUGCCGGCAUCGCCAAGUCCAUUGGUAUCUCGAAUGCCCAAGCACAACUCCUCUACGACAUCUCGACAUACGCUCGCCACCCAAUCUCAUCCCUUCAGAUCGAGCAUCACCCAUAUCUUGUCCAACCCGAACUCAUCGAGCUGGCCAAAGAUCUCAGCAUCAUCGUCACAGCAUACUCCUCGUUUGGACCCCAGUCAUUCCUGGAGCUGCCACCAGCAUUCCGCGAACGUGCGAAAGACACCCCUCUUCUCUGGGACGUUGAACCCGUGAAGAAAGCUACUGAGCGGACAGGCAAGACACCUGCGCAGGUAUUGCUACGGUGGGCGACGCAGAGAGAUAUCGCCGUCAUUCCAAAGUCGAACAAUGUCAAUCGGUUGCAGCAGAACCUCGAAGUUUCGGACUUCGAUCUGACGAAGGAGGAGAUCGAGGCGAUUGCGAAGUUGGAUAAGGGUUUGCGGUUCAAUGAUCCGGGGUUUUAUCUGCAUAAACCGUUGAGGAUCUUUGCGUAG